AUGGACUUUGUUACGGACGAUGAAGAGAGUAGUGAUGAAGAGAAUGCGAUGGACGACGAGGAAAAUACCGCAGAUGAUGAAGAAGAUGGUCCCGAUUAUGCCAAGAUGCCAGAUGCAGAGUGUGUGCGAUACUGGGCGUUAGCUGGGAACGAGUCGCUUGCAACCGUUGGACGAAUGCUGGAGAUGCUUCGUGCAAAAACGGAUAUGUACAUCCCAAAAGAUCCGAGGACUGUUCUACGAACAAAGCGGGAUCGUGCAGCACUUUCAAUUAUUGGAGAUGGGAGAUUUUGGUACCACGGAAUAAGCAAGUGUUUGCUAGCUGAGAUGCGGAAACAUGCCACCGUUUCUGAGGUCAUCCAGUUCGAUAUAAACAUAGAUGGACUUCCCUUACAUAGCAGAUCAAGAACACAGUUCUGGCCCAUUUUGUUGAAGGUAGUGGACGAACCAGAUUGGCCCAUAAUGGUCGUUGGUAUUUAUAGCGGGCAAUCAAAACCGCAAAGCAAUGACCAAUUUCUAAGACCUCUGGUCGAAGAAAUAAAUGUUCUGUUCAGGACAGGACUUGUAAUCAACGAAGCGACGAUUCGUGUUUAUCUGCGAGCAAUAAUAGCAGAUACACCGGCAAGAGCAUUUAUAAAGGGUGUGCAAGGCCAUAUGGGAAAACAUUCCUGCCUAAAAUGUUGCUGCGAAGGUGAAACGGUUCAGCAGCGAACAGUUUUUUUGGAAACAAACGCAGAUCAACGCACAGACGAUGCUUUCCGGAACAAUGAAUAUGUUUUACAUCAAACCGGAACCACGCCUCUGAUAGAUCUAGAGAACUUCGACAUGAUUGAAGAUGUCAUUGUGGGGGACCGACUACAUCAGAUUGACAUCGGAGUAACGAAAAAACUACUCAACAUUUGGUACGUGGGAGUUCUUCGUUCGACGAGAAGAUGGAAUCAGGGACAACGGAAGGUCAUAAACCAAAGAUUACAGUCGCAAACAUUUCCAUUCGAAACACCCCGCAAGCUUCAUUGUCUUGACGACUUGGCAUACUGGAAAGGGUCGGAAUGUAAGGCGUUUCUGCAUUAUGCAGCUCCUGUAGUAUUACGAGGAGUAUUGACAGAGGAGCAAUACCAGCACUUCAUGCUAUAUUUCUGUGGAGUUACAAUAUUUUCAUCGAAAGCCCACAAACGACACUGGAGCACAGGAUCGGAGUUAUUAAAAAAGUUUGUAGAAAGUUACGCCCAAGUCUACGGAAAGGCAGGUGUAACAUCUAACGUACAUAGCUUAAUUCAUAUUUUUGAAGAGGCUAUACGUUUUGGUAACCUAGACAGCUAUUCGACGUAUGUUUUUGAACGUAAGUUAGGGCAAAUUAAAAACAAAUUGAUAAAAAGCAGUUAUAGAUGCUUAGAGCAAGUGAUACGCCGAAUUUUGGAACUUGAAAACUUCGACUUUCCUCGAAAACGAAAACAGUUUCCCUUUUUCAAGCAGAGAGGGCAAAACAUUAAAUUAUUUGUUAGAAAAGGAUUUAUUAUGAGUAAUGAUGGUGUGAAUGAUUGGUUUUUGAGUAAGCAUAACCAUGUGGUCACAGAGUAA